AUGGGCCGCUUAGUUGGGAGGCUAUUCGUAGGCUUUACAUCGUCUCUGAUAUGCUUCAUUGCAUACUCGCCGCAAAUCUUCGUAAUAUGGCCAUGGUACGGUCGUGAACUCUCGGUAGAGCUCAUCACCCUGCUACUCCCAUUCAAUCUCCUGGUUGGCGUGCUGCUAUGGAACUACUAUCUGUGUGCAGUGACAGACCCCGGCAGGGUCCCUGCGGGCUGGAAACCAGACGUACAAGACAAUGACGGAUACGAAGUGAAGAAAUUGACUCGAGGACCAAGAUUUUGUCGGACGUGUGAGGCUUAUAAGCCUCCGCGCGCUCACCACUGCAGGCAGUGCAAACGGCACGUACUACGAUACAGGUUGACCGCUCAUACAGACCAUCACUGUCCAUGGGUGAACAAUUGCGUGGGACACUUCAACUAUGGGCAUUUCGUGCGAUUCCUUUUCUACGUCGAUCUCGCGUGCUCGUAUCACUUCGCCAUGGUCGCCCGGCGAGUGUAUGCUGCUACACAGUACUGGGAGGACAUAGCUAGUACAGAGCUCAUAUUCAUCAUAUUAAACUUUGCAACGUGCAUCCCCGUCCUCGUUGCAGUUGGUGCAUUCAGUCUGUACCACUUUUGGGCUUUAUCGGGCAAUACCACUACCAUCGAAGGAUGGGAGAAGGACAAGGUCGCGACUCUUGUCCGGCAUGGCAAAAUUCACGAGAUUAAGUUCCCCUAUAAUCUUGGGAUCAGGCGCAAUAUUUGCUCCGUGCUCGGCGACAACCCCCUCCUAUGGUGCUGGCCGACUGUCACUCCGGGAACAGGUCUCAAGUAUCAGCUUGCCGAGGGCGACGACUCCCGUGGCGUAGCAUGGCCUCCCGAAGAUCCGACCAAAAUCAAUACCCUACCCGAGUCGGACCCCAAUUACAAGUUUGUCCUCCCAGACAACCCAUGGACAUUCCAGAAUGGCUCACUCAACCCCCACCUCGAACCCUCGAACACCCGUAGACGCCCAUCCUCGCAGCGACGUCUCCAGUCCGCCGCAGCGCAGGGCCCAUAUUCUUCGCUGCCUCCGUACCAUCCAGAUUAUGACGAAUCUCAGGCCGAGCCCGCAUACGCGCUAUCUUCUGAGUCUUCAUCCGGCGAGGAAGAGGUGCCUGAUGACGAAUUCGGCCGUCGUAUGGGCCGUGUUCGCGUGCGCAGGGGCUCUGAAGGCUACGAAGUGAAGUCUGUUGACCGGGAGGAGGUGCUCCGCAGAUUCGUCGAGGGCCGGACACACGAACCUGGCAGAUAUCAGCGCUAUGUGCCAGAGCCGUCCAGUGAGAGCGAAGUCGAGGAUGGAGACGCGGAUGAGUCUAUACCUCUUGCUCAGCAGGUUGAACAAUGGCGAUCGGCUACUUAA